CCCACGCUUAGUGUAGCCUUGAAGUUUUUCUUGUGUUUCGGCCAAACACCCGUUCACAGUAAAUUCAAUAUUUUGGUGGCUGUUUUGAAAUGUCAGGGAUGUCGUUAGAAUACGCUCGCGUUGGUAAUAUUGAAGAUAUCACGUCAAUCGGUUCAACCACCAGCUUCCUACAGGCUACAGCAGCUGAGGUUAGAUCAACACGGGUAAACUGGCAAUCUUACCUUCAAGGACAAAUAAUUAAUGAUGAGCAGUAUUCAUUCAUAACACGACUUGAUAAUGCUCCCACCGCGGAAGCACGAAAUCAUGUAAUUAGGACUGAUGAAAACAUGACCGCUAGGGUUUUUAUAUUUAUCCUAAAUAAAAUCUCGAAAGAACAAACAUUACGAUAUAUCCUUACACUUAUUGAUGAUAUGCUUCAGGAAGACAAAUUACGUGUUGAAAUCUUUCGUGAUUACUUCUCCAAGUCAAAAGAGUCACUUUGGUCUCAUUUUUUCGGAUUUUUUCAAAGAGGGGAUCCUUUCUGUAUGUACCAAGCUUCCCGGAUAAUAGCAAAGUUUGCAUGUUGGUCUUCUCAACUUAUGGAGGAAAAUGACUUAAUUUAUUACUUAAAUUGGCUACGUGAACAACUAACAAUAACCAAUAAUCAGUAUGAUCAAACUGUGGCUCGAAAUCUUCAAAUGAUGCUUCGUAUCAAAGAGUAUCGUGCUCAAUUCUCUAAAGUCGGAGGAAUUGAGACCAUUGGAGAUGUUUUACAAGAAAAAUCAACUAGUCGUCAGUUGCAAUAUCAGUUAAUUUUUUGCUUAUGGUGUAUGAGUUUUGAUUCAGUUCAUGUAACUGAUAUAUGUAAGAAUUCUGCAUUAUUGGCUACUGUAGCUGAUAUUUUCCUUGAAGCAGAUCGAGAAAAAAUCACUAGAAUUUCAUUGGCAUUCUUUCGUAGUAUUUUAGAAAAAUUACCUACAAACGCUGAACAAAGAGAUUGUGGUUUACGUUUAGUUCAAUAUAAAGUUUUAAAAGAAUUAGAAUUGCUUAAUCAAAAAGAUUUUAGUCAUGAUCCUGAAUUAACUGAAGAUAUUGCAUUCUUAAAUGAGAAAUUAUCGGCUAGUAUUCAAGAUGUAAGUAGUCUUGAUGAAUAUAUGGCUGAAUUAAAAUCUGGUCGAUUAGAAUGGUCACCCGUUCAUAAAUCAGAAAAGUUUUGGUAUGAAAAUGCAGUAAAAUUUACAGAUAAUAAUUAUGAAAUGUUAAAAAUGUUAGUACGACUAGUCGAACUGGGUACUGAUCCAUUAACAUUAUCUGUGGCUGUACACGAUAUUGGAGAGUUUGUAAGACAUUAUCCACGUGGUAAACAAAUAAUUGAAACACUUGGCGGUAAACAGUUAGUGAUGGCUUUACUACAGCAUGAUGAUCCAAAUGUUCGUUAUAAUGCGCUAGUUUCAUUACAAAAGAUAAUGGUACAUAAUUGGGAAUAUUUGGGUAAACAAUUGGAUUCAGUUCAAAGUACUGAUGUUAAAUCAACUGGAGUAAAAGUAAAGUAGUAGUGUGUAGCAGUAGUAUUAUUAGUAGUAAUGAUAAAAACUAUUAAAAAAACACCUUUUAAUUACCUUCAAAUGAUCUAAUGAAACUUAAUCAAAUGUAAUUCAUCAAUAAGUGAUUGAUUCGUCAUGAACAAUUAACAAAGAAACAUACAUAUAUAUAGUAAUCCAUUUAUUUUUCAAUCAAUCAUUAUUUACUGUUGUUACCAGGCUUCAUUAUUCUGGGUUUAGUGUUAUUGUUAUCAUCUGGUGUAAUCAGUUCUUCAUAGUGAUUCUUUCAUUCUCUUUUAUUUCAAUUUAUCAAUGAGAUUAAAUAUAAACAAAACAAACAUGCAUAAUAAUCAAACUUUCUUUUUCUUGACUUUCUAAUAUUGACUUGUUUUUUUCUUUGUUGUUCUUCUUGUGAUAAAUUUAUUCCUGAUA